UUUACAUGUAGCACUAAUAUAAGGUUAUGGUUUAAUAUAACUUAGGCAAUAAUGUAUGCUUGAGAUACAAUACGACAACGGUAAAGUAUUGAUCGUACAAAGACAGAAAAUAAGAGUAGUUAACAUAAAUUUCGGAAUAUAUUUGACGGAUGAAAUACUCAUGGAGUUUGCAAUGGCGGGCUUGGACUCGGGAGUGGCGGGUUCAUUUACCACCUGCCACCACAGGAACCAUAAUCAGAGGACGUUUCCAAGCUCUCAUUCGUUUCUGCGAGUAGAUGGAGAUGUCUUUUUUCCCCGGGCAGAGAGUUCUACAGAAAAGUUACUGGAUCACGCAGCAGAUAUGGAUCACGACUGCUGCGAACGAAUCGUCAUAAACGUCUCCGGACUUCGAUUUGAGACACAAUUGCAAACUUUAGACCAAUUUCCAGAUACUUUGUUGGGAGACAGGGAAAAAAGGAUGCAAUUUUAUGACCCACUGAGAAAUGAAUAUUUUUUCGACCGAAAUAGGCCUUCAUUCGACGCUAUUUUAUAUUAUUAUCAGAGCGGUGGAAGAUUACGACGUCCUGUGAAUGUUCCCAUUGACGUAUUUACGGAAGAAAUAAAAUUUUAUCAACUCGGACAAACAGCCCUGGAAAAAUAUAAAGCGGAUGAAGGCUACAUUAAAGAGAAAGAGAAGCCACUGCCUAAUACGGAACCACAAAGAAGCAUAUGGCUGUUGUUCGAGUAUCCCGAAAGCUCCACUGCUGCACGAUGCGUCGCCAUUAUGUCGGUUUCUGUUAUUCUACUUUCUAUUAUAUCUUUUUGCCUGGAAACACUACCGACCCUGAACCCAAAUCGCCAAACAAGUAACAGCACCAGUGGAAUCAAAUCUUCGUCAAAUUCUGACAUCAUAUCGCCAACCCUUGCCGCUAUAUUAUCAUCAGAUAGCAUAACAUCCACAGAGCCGACAACUCCAACGCGUAGUCUGUUCGACAAUCCUUUCUGGGUUAUUGAGACUAUCUGCAUCUGCUGGUUCAGUUUAGAAGUUACCGUACGCUUCCUAUGCUGUCCCAACAAGUGCAAUUUCUUCAAAGAUAUGAUGAACAUAAUAGACCUUGUGGCGAUAGCGCCUUAUUUCAUUACUCUUGGAACGGAUUUAUCGAAAGGAGAGGGAGAGGAUACAUCAAAUAAAGGAAUGUCACUUGCAAUACUUCGUGUUAUAAGGCUUGUAAGAGUAUUUCGCAUCUUUAAGCUUUCACGCCACUCGAAAGGAUUACAAAUUUUGGCUCAAACUUUAAAAGCAUCAAUGCGAGAGCUCGGUCUGCUAAUAUUUUUCCUGUUCAUUGGAGUUAUAUUGUUUUCGUCAGCAGUGUAUUUUGCCGAAGCCGAUUCGAAUCAAGGAACCGAUUUCACGUCGAUUCCAGAGGCGUUUUGGUGGGCAGUUGUCACAAUGACUACGGUGGGAUAUGGUGACAUGCGUCCGAAAACAGUUGGCGGCAAAUUCGUCGGAUCAUUGUGCGCUAUCGCCGGCGUGCUUUGCAUUGCUCUACCCGUUCCUGUUAUCGUUUCAAACUUUAAUUACUUUUAUCAUCGUGAAUCAGAUGGAGAAGAACAGUCGCAGUAUAGUCACGUCACUACGUGUCCAUAUCUACCAUUUACACGCAAAAAGAGCGUCGUGUCAUCUGAUGCAGGUUCUCCUAUCCACGGCAGUCAAGCAUCUAUCAAUAUCGGAGAGGGCGCCACGAUGUUGAUGUCAUUGACUCAAGCACGCCAAGAUGCGUCCAGCUUGAUGUCAAAAAAUUUAUCGCGAGAAAGCAGCAGAGAAAAUCUAACUCCGAACAAUAAAUGUUGCGAUAAUGUAGCUUUGAUGGGUCACGAAUCCAUUAAAGUGAUCAGUAAUAGUUCGCCUAUUACAUCUUCGCAUGUGGAAACUGACGUGUAAAGAACAGAAUGAGUGCGAGCAAAUCGCUUGACAAAGAUGGAUGUCCGAGGUCCGCGCUGCAUCGGAAAGAGUAAAUAUCGAAGCUUGACACACAAAUCAGGCCAACACUUCAAUUUUCUGGAGCGACAAGGACAAUCACUGACGCACAACAAAUACCGGAUAGCUAUAGCCUUCAUUCAAUAGGCAAAAUACAGACGAUCAUACCAACAACAGAAAAUUUGAAACAUUAUUUAAAAGCUAAGUGCUCGCUGCCCAUUCCGUUGGAGUAUCUGUUACGCGCUUUAUGAUUUCAUCGGAUAUACAAAGAUUCGUGUUCUCAUUCUGAAUUUUUAAUGAAAUGUUCUACAAUAUAAAAAAUUAUAUAAAACUCAUUUAAAAUAA